CUAGAGAGAGAGAUGCUUACUCAUUGUCAUUUUUGUCAAGUGUCAAGUGAAAUGAGUUUGAGUUUUUCUGCAAUUUCAAUACAUUUUAAUAGCAUUUGAAAAUUUAGAAACAAUGGAGGCUAUGGAAGUUGUUGUUCCUGAAAAGGAAGAAGGUAGCCCUUCAGACGCAAAACAGACCUUACAGGACGUGGAUAUUGAAGAUUUGUAUACCAAAUAUAAAAAGUUACAACAAAUGCUCGAGUUUUUAGAGGUUCAAGAAGAAUAUAUCAAAGAUGAACAAAGAAAUCUGAAGAAGGAAUAUUUACAUGCCCAAGAAGAAGUGAAGCGUAUUCAAUCAGUUCCUCUAGUAAUUGGUCAAUUUUUGGAAGCUGUUGAUCAAAAUACUGGUAUUGUUGGGUCCACUACAGGUUCCAAUUACUUUGUUCGUAUUCUUUCCACAAUCGAUCGGGAACUUUUGAAACCUUCAGCAAGUGUUGCUCUUCACAAGCACAGUAAUGCACUUGUCGAUGUGCUUCCUCCAGAAGCAGAUUCCUCCAUAAGCAUGCUGCAAGCUGAUGAAAAACCAGAUGUACAGUAUAGUGAUAUUGGAGGAAUGGAUAUGCAGAAACAAGAAAUUAGAGAGGCAGUUGAAUUACCACUUACUCAUUUUGAGCUAUACAAACAAAUUGGUAUUGAUCCACCUAGAGGGGUGUUGAUGUAUGGACCUCCUGGAUGUGGAAAAACCAUGUUGGCAAAGGCUGUUGCCCAUCAUACAACAGCUGCUUUUAUCCGAGUAGUGGGAUCUGAAUUUGUUCAAAAGUACCUUGGAGAAGGACCCCGUAUGGUACGAGAUGUGUUCCGUUUGGCCAAAGAAAAUUCUCCUGCCAUUAUAUUCAUUGAUGAAAUUGAUGCUAUAGCAACUAAGAGAUUUGAUGCUCAAACUGGAGCAGAUCGUGAAGUUCAAAGAAUUUUACUAGAGUUGCUCAAUCAAAUGGAUGGUUUUGACCAAACUACAAAUGUUAAAGUUAUAAUGGCAACAAAUAGAGCAGACACCUUAGAUCCUGCUCUGCUCAGACCUGGUCGUUUGGAUAGGAAAAUUGAAUUUCCUCUGCCGGACCGUAGACAAAAACGUUUGAUAUUCAGCACUAUCACAUCAAAAAUGAAUUUAUCUGAAGAGGUGGAUUUGGAAGAUUACGUUGCCAGACCUGACAGAAUUUCUGGGGCAGAUAUCAAUGCUAUUUGUCAAGAAGCUGGUAUGCAUGCUGUAAGAGAAAAUCGUUACAUUGUUUUGCCUAAAGAUUUUGAAAAGGGAUAUAAAAAUAAUAUCAAGAAGGACGAGAGUGAACAUGAAUUCUACAAAUAGGUUUAUUUUACUAAUAAGUUUCACUUCAUACUCAUCUAAUGAUAUCAAAUAAAUGAUUUGAAACUGA